AUGGCCUACCACGGCUCUGGCUCGCACUCACCGAGCUAUGAUGAUAGUCAUCAUUUGCAGGAUGUGCCAGCUUCGCAGUAUCGCGAGGACGAGGAUGCAGCACGUGGAUUAUUAUCCCAACAACAGGGUCCAUUUGCGACACCCUUUGAUGACCCACACUCGCGCGGUGUUUCUCCCCAACGUCCGGCUUCCAAGUACAGCUUGACGGAGACAUACGCAACGGACACCGCCCCUUCUUACCACGAUCCAUACAACACUGGUACCGUCUACUCUGGCCAGGACGAAAGUACUGCAGCAGCCUUUGGGGUUCCCGGCCGAGUUGCAUCGCCUUAUGCCCGCAGCGAGACCUCGUCCACCGAGGCUUGGCGCCAGCGACAGGCCCCCGGAGGCACUCCUGGCGGUGGCGGCGGUGGCUUGCGCAGAUAUGCUACCAGGAAGGUCAAGCUAGUGCAGGGUUCCGUCCUCAGUGUCGACUACCCCGUGCCUAGUGCCAUUCAGAAUGCCAUUCAAGCCAAAUACCGCAACGACGUGGAAGGCGGAAGCGAAGAGUUCACUCACAUGCGAUACACCGCAGCCACUUGUGACCCGAACGAAUUCACCCUCCACAAUGGUUACAAUCUACGCCCUGCCAUGUACAAUCGUCACACGGAGCUGCUCAUCGCGAUUACCUACUACAACGAGGACAAGAAUCUCACGGCCCGUACCUUGCACGGUGUGAUGCAGAACAUCCGCGACAUUGUCAACCUGAAGAAAUCCGAGUUCUGGAACAAGGGUGGACCCGCGUGGCAGAAGAUUGUUGUGGCACUGGUCUUUGACGGUAUUGAUCCUUGCGACAAGGAUACUCUUGACGUCCUUGCGACUGUCGGUAUCUAUCAGGACGGUGUUAUGAAGCGCGAUGUUGACGGCAAGGAGACUCUGGCGCAUAUUUUCGAAUAUACGACCCAGCUAUCGGUCACACCCAGUCAACAGCUCAUUCGACCCACGGACGAUGGCCCGAGCACACUACCACCCGUGCAAAUGAUGUUCUGUUUGAAACAAAAGAACAGCAAGAAGAUCAACUCGCAUCGCUGGCUCUUUAACGCUUUCGGCCGCAUUUUGAACCCCGAAGUCUGUAUCCUCCUCGACGCCGGUACAAAACCUGGCCCAAAGUCCUUGUUGUACCUCUGGGAGGCAUUCUAUAACGAUAAGGAUCUCGGUGGUGCCUGUGGUGAAAUCCACGCUAUGUUGGGUAAGGGAUGGCGGAACUUGGUCAACCCUCUCGUGGCUGCCCAGAAUUUCGAGUACAAGAUCAGUAAUAUCUUGGAUAAGCCUCUGGAGAGUUCGUUCGGUUACGUUAGUGUCUUGCCCGGUGCAUUCUCGGCCUAUCGAUUCCGUGCAAUCAUGGGCCGUCCUCUUGAACAAUAUUUCCACGGUGAUCACACGCUAUCGAAGCAGCUUGGAAAGAAGGGUAUUGAGGGCAUGAACAUUUUCAAGAAGAACAUGUUCUUGGCCGAGGAUCGCAUUCUCUGUUUCGAGUUGGUCGCCAAGGCAGGCUCCAAGUGGCACUUGUCUUACGUCAAAGCCUCCAAGGGUGAAACUGAUGUGCCUGAGGGUGCUGCCGAGUUUAUCUCCCAGCGUCGCCGUUGGCUUAACGGUUCUUUUGCAGCUGGAAUUUACUCGCUGAUGCACUUCGGCCGUAUGUAUAAGAGCGGCCACAACAUCGUUCGCAUGUUCUUCCUCCACAUUCAGAUGUUGUACAACAUCUUCAACACUCUCCUCACCUGGUUCUCGCUGGCUUCAUACUGGCUCACCACUGUUGUCAUCAUUGACCUUGUCGGUACUCCAAGCACCAGCAACGGAAACUCAGCUUUCCCCUUCGGCGAGACAGCCACGCCCAUCAUCAACACGAUCGUCAAGUACGGAUACCUCGCCUUCCUAUUACUGCAGUUCAUUCUUGCCCUCGGUAACAGACCCAAGGGUUCCAAGUUCUCGUACCUCGCCUCAUUCGUGGUCUUUGGUCUCAUUCAGGUUUACAUUGUGGUGGAUUCGAUCUACCUGGUUAUUCGCGCGUUCAGUGGCGGAGCGCCCAUGGACUUUGUUACCGAUAAAGGCCUGAAAGCCUUCCUCGACUCUUUCUUCGGGUCGACGGGCGCUGGUAUCAUUAUCAUUGCCUUGGCUGCCACAUUCGGCCUUUACUUUGUUGCCUCCUUCAUGUACGCCGACCCCUGGCACAUGUUCACCUCCUUCCCUGCCUACAUGGUUGUUCAGUCCUCCUAUAUCAACAUUUUGAACGUCUAUGCCUUCAGUAAUUGGCACGAUGUCUCCUGGGGUACAAAGGGUUCCGACAAGGCCGAUGCAUUGCCCUCAGCCACAACCACAAAAGACGAGGGCAGUAAGGAAGCAGUGAUUGAAGAAAUUGACAAGCCCCAAGCGGAUAUCGACAGCCAGUUCGAGGCCACUGUCAAGCGUGCGCUCACCCCAUUCGUUGCCCCCGUGGAACAUGACGAAAAGACCCUAGAGGACUCCUACAAGAGCUUCCGUACCCGUCUCGUUACCUUUUGGAUCUUCAGUAAUGCAAUCCUGGCGGUCUGCAUCACCAGCGAGUCCGUCGAUAAGUUCGGCUUCACCAACACCGCCACCAGCCGUACGGCCCAUUUCUUCCAGGCCCUCCUCUGGUCCAACGCCGUUGUGGCGUUGUUCCGUUUCAUUGGAUGUUGUUGGUUCCUGGGUCGCACUGGUAUCAAGUGCUGCUUUGCACGCCGGUAG